AGGAGUAAACCCAAUGCAAUCGUAUACCUUCUCCUCGUAUCGGUAAUUGAAGUCCCCGGGUCGCAAGGAGCGAACGCGCUCACAAUUCAGACAGUAACGUGCGGUGACAUGGAGAACUGGUUUAGAGAUGUCGGCAAGACUGUCUUGUUGGAAGCUUUAGGGGAUGCUUGCGAUCGGAUCAACAGUAGUUUCAAGACAGCACACUUAGACUUCGACUCAUAUACCCAAGACAAACUGCUAAAUCUCACUGCCGAACUCGACACAUUAAGACACAGAGCCUCCCGGGUAAGCCGUCUAGAGGAAGAAAAUGUCAAGCUCAGAAACGAAGUCAAGGCCCUCAAAGAGGCAGGCCAAGAAAGGAACCACACUCCCAAUGCAGUCAACCAGAAGACAGAUCUACGGACACCCCUAGCGCCCAAGUCCAUCAAUCAACUUAAUUCAAAGCAGCCGAGCAAGGAUGAUAUCAAUAGCUUAUCCCUUGCAGAUCUUCAGUCGGAGUAUUCGCGCAUUGAGAAAAAGUAUGGGAAACUCCAUGGGAAGUAUUUCGAUCUUCACAAUGCAUUGAACAAGUCGAACGACCUUCUUCGGGAGCGGACUACUAUGUAUCAUCAAUGGGUUGACCAUGCGAAGCAACUGGGUGAACAAUCCCAGAAACGUGCUCAGAGGAUUAAGAAACUCGAGGCAAGACUAGCUGAGGCUUGCCAGGAACCCCUAAACCUGAGCUUCUCCUCGGACGGUGGGUCAAUGGACAUGGCAAUGGAACCCACUAUCCCAACUACUAUUCAUUCUCCGCAACCCGAACAGCUAAAUCAAGCGGUGGCUGUUCUUGCCAAUGUUCCUCGGCGUCUUCCAGCAGCCCCGACCCGCAUAGAAGAUGCAAGGCGGAGGUCACCCUCAACAGUCUCAAGUGUAGGCGAGAGUAAUUCCUUGGCUUCGACUUCGGGAAUGAGCAAUAUCCUCGAGUCGAAUGAAGAGGUGGUAUGUCUCCCUUCACUACCCCGAAAUCGCGAGAUUACGGAAGGUGGAAAACACGUCAAAUUAGAGCCGUCGUCGGACACACCAGUUGUGGUCUCAGAAUGCAGCGUACGGAAGCGAAAAUACGAUGGCAAUAAUGGAAGUGACAAGCCUGCUCUUAGGAGAGUCAAGAUUGAAAGUAGUCCCGAGUUCCAGAGCACAGUUGAGUCUCGGCGCUUUACUCCUCAAGAAAGUGUUGAUUUUGAUACUGAAUACCGUAGAGUGGAAACCCCAAGGAAGCAUACAAAACAUCAGCGAAUCCACAAUGUGCACCUCAGCAACAGCGAUUACAAUGAUGUGGAAGUCCAAGACCAUGAUCGCGCUGCAAGGAUCAUGCCCCAUGUUAAUACUGACCAACAUAACCAAAACCCGGCGAGUGACAUGUCAAAAAGAAAUUCAAUAGUUACCAGCCCUGCCCAGCUUCAAGGUAGAGCUAAUUCCGCCCUACCAUCUCAUAACACCAAUCAAGCUCUUCCACCGAGAUCGAACACCGCCUUCAGCAGCACAAGGCCUUCCGUCCCACGAGGCCUUACAAGUCUUGCUGAGAUUGAAUAUCCGACCGAAACUAUUACCUCUUCGGGAAGUAAACCUAGACUACGAGGAGGCGCUCUGGGACAUCUUCUCGACAAGCCCUCGCGGCAACAAGCAAACGAGUCACGUCAUCAUGAUUUUCCGGCCCAGGAUGGCCAGUCGUCAAAUCUUUAUUUGCAGUUGCCAAAGAGGCGAGAGCUUCCGUUUGGCAAAGACGGUCGAAAGAGAGAAGGGUUGAUCCCCAAAACCAGAUCGGACGUCUUGGAGCCUGCCUUCGGCCCGAAUAAUCAAGAUGGCAACUUGGAAGAUAUUAUAAGCGGAACAGAGAAAAGGAAGAUGGAAGUGCCUCUGCGACAAACUCCAAAGUCAAAACUGCGGCUUGAUGAUUUCAAGAUCAAUCCUCAUGCAAAUGAAGGUUAUAAUUACGCCUUCACCGAUGUAAUCCGUAGGAAGGAUGAUCGGACCUGCCUCCAGGGUUGUGUCAAAGAGAAUUGCUGCGGUCAUAAGUUUCGCGCCUUGGCCCAGUCGCUGCGUGCAAGUACCCGUCCGGAUGAGUUCCACCGUCUACUCGAAUCCUAUCUUGGCGACGAUUGCCAUCGGCUGUCUGCUAUGUCUAAAGCUGAGAAAGAAACGCUAUGGGUUGAGGCUAAAAUGAGAGAGUUGGCAAAUGCAAGCGGUAAACAUCGCCACCGCUAUCCUCGUAUGCCAACACCGCCUGGGUUCUGGAGAACAGAUUUUCCAAGCACCCAGGAGGGUGAAGAGUACAACGAAGAAGCAGCAAAGCUGGAGUUAGAGAUUAUCGAUGAAAGAUAUAGAGAGGCUAUGCGACCCGGGGGUUUAUGGAUCUUCCGAGACGAGUAAUAUGAGAUGGUCCUCGGGAAUGGGGACACACCUCUCACUAUCCGAUGCUUGCAUUCAAACUUCGAGGCAUGAUCAACCAACUACACAUGUACCACACGUUGUUAAACUAAAUGGAAUAGGAUAUGUGUCUGGAAAGCUGUUAUUGUUCAAAGG